AUGCGUCUCCUCCCUGCCGCUCUCCUUGCCACCCUUCUGGGCUCCCACGGCGCCUCGGCCUCCGCCCUUGCAGACUCCACACCUUCUCAGGCCGCGCUCGCGGGCCCCCAAACCACGCCGCAGGCCACUCUUGCGCGCCGCGACUACGAAGAGCUGCUGGACAAGGAACACAUGCAAACCCACAACGCCUGCGACCUCCCCACCAUUGUCGGUGCACUCGGGCCCUAUUACCCCGAGCUAAAGAGAUACCGUAAUGAGGGCGAUUGGUGGGUGUCGCAACACCUCCAGGAGCUCCGCGACCUGUGGCUGGCCUGUCGCGGCGUCCCCGAGAUUGCACGGCCGCUCGAAAGAUCGACCAUCUGCACGUCUCUUCUCAGCCAGGUGACGACCGUGAACGAAGGGCCGCGGGAGACUGGGAGGGCGAUCGGUGCGGCAGCUGCAUUGGCUGUCGGCGGCCUUCUGGCGGUGCUUUGA